UUUGUGCAGCUCACUUACCAGACAGCUCUGAUCUGGGCCGUGGGGAAUAUAGACUGGCCGGCGCAGCUCACAGGCUGACUGUCGAUCGGAGAGACAGGCAGGCAGGGUGCAGCGUGCUCUGCAAGGGGCACAGGGACAUGAACCAUUCUGACAGCGUGCCCAGAGCUGGCUGUACCAGUCCCGAUGAGACAGGAGCCAUGAGCAGGGGUUUUGGUUUUUGACUUCUGCCAGGACGCUUUGUGUCACUUUCCUUCUGGAUCGGCUCCUUGGUGUUUUGGAAGAAGACUUCUUUUACCUUCUUUUCCUCCUUCUUUUUCCGACCGGACUUCAGUGGAGGGAUUACCCCGCAGGAUCAGAGAGAGGGGCUUUGUUACGACAAAGCCCAGACAGAGCACAGCAGCUUGCCUUUCUCGAAGUGCCAUUGAGGAGAGACACACUUUCUGUAACUCAGGUGUCCCAGCAGGCUGCAGGAAUGGCUGUAUAUGCUCACUGUUAUCUGAUCCUUGCUCUGCUGUGUGGUCCAGUGUGGCCAGUGGGGCCCCCUGCUCUGUUGUCUGAAAAUGAGGUCCCACUACGCCCCUCUGUCUUGCUUUCCAGGGGAAAGCUAACCCCCAUCCGUCUCCCUAAGGACCAGCUACGGAGGCUGUAUUUCACACUGCAGAAGGGAAGCCCUGCAUUUUCUGUGGCUGUGAGUCCGUGUGAUGUGCCCAUUGAGUGGAGUCUGACUGUCCGGAUGCUACAGAGCAAGCCAGCCACACCCUUGCACUGGGGUGAGAAGAAGAGCAUGGCAGAGGUGUGGUGGAGAAGCUCCGGGGCCGAGAAGCUGCUGCACACAUACAAAGGCAACGCCAUGGACACCUACAGCAUCCCACCCCACACUCAGGCCUCCUUCUACAUUCUCAAGCUACGUUCGGUGGAGCAGGACACUAGGAUCUCGGUGUACCUGCAGGAUGGAGGGGGGUCUCUGGAGGCAUUCCCCCAGCUGCCCCCAGACCCUCGUAUUCGCAUUGUGGGCUUGGGCAUGACCAGCGUUACACUCUCCUGGAGCCCCAGCCCUUCAGCCCUGGGGCACGGGCAGCAGAGGUAUCACUACUGUGUGCUGGCCAACCGCAGACACAACUACAAGAGCAUGUGUGCAGUGCAGGAAGCGAUGCGCAAGGAGAAAAUGAAGAUGGGGGGAAAACAGAAGGCAGCUCCGCGGCCAUUUCUCAAACAGGAGUGGUGGAAUUUCCCCAAGAGCGGCCAGCGGUCAUCUUCGCCCCUGCAGAGCGAGUCCCUGGCUGUGCUGCAUGUUUGCACUGGCACAGAGACUGUGUACACGGUGUCGGAGCUGUCCCCAGACACGCAGUACUACUUCGACGUGUUUGUGGUGGACCAGCUAAACGGCACCAGCGUGGCAUACACAGGCACCUUUGCCCAUACACACCAGGAGCCCCGGCCCCCCGUGCAGCCACUGGGCGAGGGCGAGCUUAGGUGGGUGACUGUCCGGGGUGGGGGAAGGCCGGGUGAGCACCUCAGCUUCCGUCCCCGGGGCUGGCAGCAGAGCGCCCUCCUCACCCUCCAGAAAUGUGGCGCAGGGAAGGUGCGAGCCACCAUCACCAGCAAAGCGGACCAGCUGGCGUCCCAGGAGUUGAGUGAAGAGGUGACUCAGAUCUGGGUGCAAGGAAAGCCCACUUACGUGAUACACCUGGAGACUGCGCCGCCGGGGGGACCAGCAGUAUCAGGGCAAUGGGGAACCGCCGUGAAAAUCCAGGCCUCCUCUGCGUACCACCGCCAGGCUGCCCCCCUGCUCCCGGCUAGCCUGCAGAUUAAGUCCUUCAACAAGCUGCGCAGCUGUCAUUCGGUCACCCUGGCCUGGCUGGGGACAGAGGAGAGGAGCCUGUACUGCGUGUACCGCCACAAGCUGGAACAGGGCGAGGGGGGGGACACAGGGAGGUGUAUUGGGCCAGAGUCUAGAAGUGACGUGGAAAAAGUGCUCUGUAAAUAUUUCCAGGAGCUCAAUCCCCGUCGAGCGGUAACCACGGCCACCAUUGGAGGUCUGGAGCCUGGCAUGGCCUACUUGUUUGAUGUCUAUCUCAUGAGACCCUGGGGGAUUCCAGUCAAAUACCUCAGCAAGGUGGUCCGCACCAGGAGAGAAUGCUGAAUACAUUCAAAACUCACUUUCUGUAAUUGACGGGACUCCACGUCAACAGCACCAAUGAAGGCACUCCACAACACAACAGGCAGCUACCUUGGGGAAACACCAUUAAACCCAUUUGUGUCUCAUAUGAUGUCUUAUAAGCAUUUCUUAGAUCAUUUGUAUUAAAUCUGCUUCACAUGCUCCAAAAAAUCCGGAAAACCCCAUCAGCUGCCCCUUUCACAACUAUUGUCUUUGUCUCCCAGUGUGAAGGCAGGGAAAAGAUCACCUCAAUAUCUCUGUAGCACCUGAGAUAUUCUGCUAUGCAUUUUCCAUAACGAUCUAGCUGAGAAUGUGCCUGGCAGAGCAGGAAGGGAGCUGGCAUGAGAGUGGUCCAGCAGGAGGGCUGGAGAUGACGGUAGACAGAAUGAAGGUGUGACCUGCCUCAGCAGUGCUGGGACAUUUGAACACUCACUAUUGAAAGCCCAAGGAGAUAUCAGUGUUUAAAUUAUGGUCCAUUUAAAGACACACCAGAAUGCAUUACUUAACACUUUUAAUGUGCUGUCAAUUAAUAUGUGGGUGGGGAACCUGUGAAUCGGUAUGUGUGUUAUAAAAUUGUCGCCCAAACAAUUGAACAUAUUUCAGUUUCCUUGGAACGUCCUUGGAAUUCAAGCAAGCACCAAUGUUAUAAUUAUAAUUAUAACAGACACACACAGUAUGCAUGUACUUUAUAGUACAGGUAUGUGAAGACCUAGGUUGAUUGCAUGCUCUGAUUAUUAUAGCUCUUACAAUAAACUGUAAAAUGUAUUUUUUUGCAUAUGACUAAUUUUCAAAUGCAUUCAAAUGCAUUUGAGGACUUUUAAAUGUACUUUGUGUGUAAUUUAAUUCUUUUCUGAAUAAAUUCAUAGCAAUAGGCUUUAUUUUGUAUGUGUUUAGCUGAAAUAAAGU